AUGGUUUCGAUUUUCGAAUCUUCAUUGCUUCUAUACUCACUUUUCCACAAAUCAGUAAAAUCAAAGUGCGAAAAAUCAGAUGAAAUGCUAUCCUCCAAAUUCCCAGCAGGUGUUCCUGAUUGGUUGGAAUUAAACGACCAAAGCAAUGGUUGUGCUUCGGAGAUUAUCGGAAGAAAGAAGUGUGGUACGAAUGUAAUGCAUGAAUGA